GCGGGUUGCGGUCCGGCGUGGCUCCGGGCGGGUGUAGCUGCUCCUCUGCAGGAACAGUUCCAUAGGGUUAGUUUCAAGAUGGACUCAACUCUAACGGCAAGUGAAAUACGGCAGCGAUUUAUAGAUUUCUUUAAGAGAAACGAGCACACCUAUGUUCACUCAUCUGCCACCAUCCCAUUGGACGAUCCCACUUUGCUCUUUGCCAAUGCGGGCAUGAACCAGGUACUAGACUGGGUGCUGGAUAUACAAAGAUAAGUAAUAAUAGUUAUUGUUUUUAAGAAGUUCAUGGUCUGGGAGCACCUGGGUGGCUCAGUCUAUGUGUCUGACUUCAGCUCAGGUCAUGAUCUCACAGACGAUGAGUUUAAGCCCUGUGUUGGGCCCUGCGCUGACAGCUCAGAGCCUGGAGCCUGCUUCGGAUUCUGUGUCUCCCUCUCUCUCUGCCCUUCCCCCACUCAUGCUCUGUCUCUCAAAAAUAAAUAAACAUUUAAAAAAAAAAAAAAAGGAGUUCAUGGUCUAGUUCAGAACUGUCUAAUGGAAUUUUCUGCAGUGAUAGUAAUGUUCUAUAUUUGGGCUGCCCAAUAUGGUAGCCACUAGUCAUACAUGAUUAUUUGUUUAGAUUUUUAAUUAAUUAAUUUAUUUUUAAAAGUAAUCUCUACACCCAGCGUGGGACUCGAACUUACAACCCUAAUAUCAGGAGUUGCAUGUUCCUCCGACUGAGCCAUCCAGGCGCCCCCAUGCAUGAUUAUUGAGUUAGUGUGACCGAAGAACAGAUUUUUUUUGUUUUUAAAAAUUCUAAUUAGUUUCUAAUUAUUUCAUUUUAAUUAAUGUAAGUUUACAAGUAACAAGUGACUAGUGGUUACCAAAUUGGACAGGUCUAGUGGGAAAAUAAAACUAAGUCACAUAACAAUGAUACAUCAAAUUGUAACUUGAUAAAUAUUAAGGGCAAAUAAUAUCUUAUGUCUGAACAUCCAGUCAUUCAUUAAAUGUGCUGAUUUUACUCCCUUAAUAGGUCUCCAUUUUUUUCUCCCUUAUCACCUUUACUAUUGAGCCAGCACAUCACUUUGUACUCUUCUAUUUUUCUUCUUUUUUCUUUUUAUUCAAUGUUAUUUUAGAGAGAGAGAAGGAGAGGGGCAGAGGGAGAGAGAGAGAAUCUUAAGCAGGCUCCACGCUUAGUGUGCAGCCUGAUGCAGGUCUCAGUCCCACCCCAUGACCCUGGGAUUGUGACCUGAGCUGAAAUCAAGAGUCUGAUGCUCAACCAACUGAGCCACACAGGCUCGCUGACUUUUUUUUUAAAAGUAAGCUGUAUGCCCAAUGUGGGGCUUGAACGGGGAAGAUGAAGAGUCGCUCACUCUACCAACUAAGCCAGCCCAACACCCCCAGCACAUCACUUUUAGAAUAAGUUCUUCCAGAAAGAUGUAAGUCCUGACCACCAGAGACUUGUGAGGAAGCACGGGUUUCCCUACAUCAGCCUCUGGCUGUUAUCACACACCCAGAAGGCCUUUCCCUUGUGCAGGUGGUGUUACUGGCAGUGGUUGGGACCGUUAGAGAACUAGGACAGGGACAAGCUGCUUCAAGAUCAGCUGCCUCUAUCGCAGCCCUGUCAGGCUACCUGCCUCAGAAUUUUCCCUAUUCCAGGCUAAUUAAAUUACAAGCUGAACAGUUCAUGUGUGGUUUCUUCCUGCCAGCCUGAUAGAGCUGCAGCUCCUUAAAGGUUGAAAUGUUCCCCUUGUUUUUUUUUUUUAGUUCAAACCCAUCUUUCUGAACACUAUUGACCCAUCUCACCCGAUGGCAAAGCUGAGCAGAGCUGCCAAUACCCAGAAAUGCAUCCGGGCUGGGGGCAAACACAAUGAUCUCGAUGAUGUGGGCAAGGAUGUCUAUCAUCACACCUUCUUUGAGAUGUUGGGCUCCUGGUCUUUUGGAGAUUAUUUCAAGGAAUUGGCGUGUAAGAUGGCUCUGGAGCUUCUCACCCAAGAGUUUGGCAUUCCAGUUGAAAGACUUUACGUUACUUACUUUGGUGGGGAUGAAGCUGCCGGCUUAGAACCAGACCUGGAGUGCAAACAGAUCUGGCAAAACUUGGGGCUGGAUGACUCCAAAAUCCUGCCUGGCAACAUGAAGGAUAACUUCUGGGAGAUGGGUGACACAGGCCCCUGUGGUCCGUGCAGUGAGAUCCACUAUGACCGGAUUGGUGGUCGGGAUGCUGCACACCUCGUCAACCAAGAUGACCCCAAUGUGCUGGAGAUUUGGAACCUUGUGUUCAUCCAGUAUAACAGGGAAACCGAUGGCAUUUUGAAACCUCUUCCCAAGAAAAGCAUUGACACGGGGAUGGGCCUGGAGCGACUGGUGUCUGUGCUGCAAAAUAAGAUGUCCAACUAUGACACUGACCUUUUUGUUCCUUACUUUGAGGCCAUUCAGAAGGGCACAGGUGCCCGGCCAUACACUGGGAAGGUUGGUGCUGAUGAUGCCGAUGGGAUCGAUAUGGCCUAUCGGGUCCUGGCUGACCACGCCCGGACCAUCACCGUGGCACUGGCGGAUGGUGGUCGACCUGACAACACAGGGCGGGGGUAUGUGUUGAGACGAAUUCUCCGCCGGGCUGUUCGAUAUUCCCACGAGAAACUCAACGCCAGCAGGGGUUUCUUUGCCACAUUAGUAGAUGUUGUUGUCCAGUCCUUGGGGGAUGCAUUUCCUGAGCUAAAGAAGGACCCAGAUAUGGUGAAGGACAUCAUUAAUGAAGAGGAAGUGCAAUUUCUCAAGACUCUUAGCAGAGGGCGUCGUAUCUUGGACAGGAAAAUUCAGAGCCUGGGAGACUGUAAAACCAUUCCUGGGGACACUGCGUGGCUCCUCUAUGACACCUAUGGCUUUCCAGUGGAUCUCACUGGAUUGAUUGCUGAAGAGAAGGGCCUGGUGGUAGAUAUGGAUGGAUUUGAAGAGGAGAGGAAACUGGCCCAGCUGAAAUCACAGGGCAAGGGAGCUGGUGCGGAAGAUCUCAUUAUGCUGGACAUUUAUGCUAUUGAAGAGCUCAGGGAGAAGGGUCUGGAAGCAACAGAUGAUUCCCCGAAGUAUAAUUACCAUUCGGAUUCCAGUGGGAGCUAUGCAUUUGAGAGUGCAGUGGCUACAGUGAUGGCUCUGCGCAGGGAUAAGAUGUUCGUGGAAGAAGUGUCCACGGGCCAGGAGUGUGGAGUGGUGCUGGACAAGACCUGUUUCUAUGCUGAGCAAGGAGGGCAGAUCUAUGAUGAAGGCUACCUGGUGAAGGUUGAGGACAGCAGCGAAGAUAAAACAGAGUUUACAGUGAAGAAUGCUCAGGUGCGAGGAGGGUAUGUGCUGCACAUCGGGACCAUCUACGGCAGCCUGAGAGUGGGGGACCAGGUCCGGCUGUUUAUUGAUGAGCCCCGACGGAGGCCCAUCAUGAGCAACCACACAGCUACUCACAUCCUGAACUUCGCCCUGCGCUCUGUGCUCGGGGAAGCUGACCAGAGAGGCUCCCUGGUUGCUCCUGACCGCCUUCGGUUUGACUUCACUGCCAAAGGAGCCAUGUCCACCCAGCAGAUCAAGGAGGCUGAAGAGAUUGCUAAUGGGAUGAUUGAGGCAGCCAAGCCUGUCUACACCCAGGAUUGUCCCCUGGCAGCAGCUAAAGCCAUCCAGGGCCUGCGGGCUGUGUUUGAUGAAACCUAUCCUGACCCUGUGCGAGUCGUCUCCAUUGGGGUCCCAGUGUCCGAGCUGUUGGAUGACCCCUCUGGUCCUGCUGGCUCACUCACUUCUGUUGAGUUCUGUGGGGGAACGCACCUGCAGAAUUCGAGUCACGCAGGAGCUUUUGUGAUUGUGAGUGAAGAAGCUAUUGCCAAGGGCAUCCGGAGGAUUGUUGCCGUCACAGGUGCGGAAGCCCAGAAGGCCCUCAGGAAGGCGGAGAGCUUGAAGAAAUCUCUCUCUGUCAUGGAAGCCAAAGUGAAGGCCCAGACUGCGCCAAAUAAGGAUGUGCAGAGGGAGAUCGCUGACCUUGGUGAGGCCCUGGCCACCGUAGUCAUCCCCCAGUGGCAGAAGGACGAAUUCCGGGAGAAUCUCAAAUCCCUGAAGAAGAUCAUGGAUGACCUGGACCGGGCUAGCAAAGCCGAUGUCCAGAAGCGAGUGUUGGAGAAGACAAAGCAGCUCAUUGACAGCAACCCCAACCAACCCCUUGUCAUCUUGGAGAUGGAGAACGGCGCCUCAGCCAAGGCCCUGAAUGAAGCCUUGAAGCUUUUCAAGACACAUUCCCCUCAGACAUCUGCCAUGCUCUUCACCGUGGAUAAUGAAGCUGGCAAGAUCACGUGCUUGUGUCAAGUCCCCCAGAAUGCAGCCAACAGGGGCCUGAAAGCCAGCGAGUGGGUACAGCAGGUGUCAGGCCUGAUGGAUGGCAAAGGUGGUGGCAAAGAUGUGUCUGCUCAGGCCACAGGCAAGAAUGUGGGCUGCCUGCAGGAGGCAUUGCAACUGGCCACUUCCUUUGCCCAGCUCCGCCUGGGAGAUGUGAAGAACUGAGUGGUAGGGGCAGCUUCCACUGGGAAGCAUCCUUCCCUCACCCGAUGCAUCCGUCCAGCCAGCUCUCCAUCUGCCACGAGGACAUGUGAAUCUGCCCUCCUAACCCAGCACUAACUGGAACUCACCUGGGAGCUGGCCCGUGACUCAGUGCCCACGUUAUGUUUCUCCCCUGAGCCCUACACACCAGCGCCAUCUGUGUAAAACCACUACCCCGGGAUUGCUAUUUAUCAUUGUCAUGCUCGUGUCUGUAGACAGAGUUCUUUGUAGGCCUGAGGUUGUGGGUCUACAGGGAGGAAUCAUUUUUGCUGCAGAGAAUAAAAGGACCAUGUGCAAUACUUGA